ACAUAGUGAAGGGAGCCAGCUAUUGUUGGGGUGGAUUUGCAACCUCUCAUUUUUCUAAUAAUUAAGCAUCCCUCUCCCAAGUCCCAACUCUGUUGAUCACUCCCACCCUCACCCUCACCCUCACCCUCGCCCUCCCCUACUGUGCUCAAAACAAUCAAAUUAUCCAACUCAAACAUUAAUCUACCUGUGGAGAUGAGCCAUCCAGAAACUGACACGGAGUUGCCGCCGCACAUUCUCAUUUUUCCGCUACCACUGCAAGGCCACGUCAACUCCAUGCUCAACCUGGCGGAGCUCCUCUGUCUCUCCGGCCUCCACGUCACCAUUCUCCUCUCCAAUUACGCCCACAACCGCCUCCUCCGCCACGCCAGCCUCCGCUCCCUGUUCUCCCGCCACAGCGGAUUCCGGGUGGCCACCUUCUCCGAUGGCCUCCCUGCCGAUCACCCCCGAGCGGGCGAGCGCCUCAUGGAUUUGGCGUUCAGCCUCAAAGAACUCGGUGGAUCACAGUUCCGCCGCUUGAUGGAGUCGACUGAUGGGCUGAGUGAUGGAGGCGCUAGGAGGGGCGUGAGCUGCCUGAUCAUUGACGGGUUGUUGAGCUUUAUUAUUUCGGUGGUAGAAGAAAUGGGGAUUCCUUACAUCUACUUCAGGACGAUCGGCGCGUGUUCCUUCUGGCCGCACUUCUGUAUUCAAGAGAUUAUCGACGCCGGCGAGGUCCCUUUAAAAGGGAAGAAUGAAGACAAACUGACAUAUUGGAAAAAGAAAGAAAUGGACAUGAUGGUAACAAGCGUGCCCGGAAUGGAGAAGGUUCUCCGGCGACGAGACAUUCCAAGAUCUUUCGGAGUAGCAAACGGUGAUGAUCCUACAUUCAAGACCAUGAAAACAGAUACUAAAAGAACUGUUGAGGCCUGUGGACUCAUACUCAAUACAUUUGAAGAUCUGGAAGCGCCAAUUCUUGAUCAAAUCCGUAAACACAUUCCCAACCUGUAUUCCAUCGGCCCCAUCCAUGCUCUUCUGAAAGACCGACUGGAGUCAGAGGGAAUGGAAUCAUCGCACAAUUAUUCGAGCAGUCUUUGGGAGGAAGACCGUAGUUGCAUUGCCUGGCUGGACUCUCAACCUACCUGCUCUGUGAUUUAUGUGAGCUUUGGAAGUAUUACAACAUUAACGAGGGAUGAACUGUUGGAGUUCUGGUAUGGGCUGGUGAAUAGCGGGCACAAAUUCUUGUGGGUAAUGAGGCCUGAUUCCAUCAGCGGGAACGGGAAUGAGAUUCCAGUGGAGCUAGAGGAAGGUACCAAGUCAAGAGGGUGGAUGGUGGGAUGGGUGCCGCAACAGGAAGUUUUGGCCCAUCCAGCAAUCGGUGCAUUUUUUACUCACAGUGGAUGGAAUUCAACCAUAGAAAGUAUAGCAAUAGGCCUGCCAAUGCUUUGUUGGCCUUAUUUUGCAGAUCAGAUGACGAAUAGUAGGUUUGUGAGUGAGGUGUGGAAGGUUGGAUUGGACAUGAAAGAUACUUGUGAUAGGAUCACAGUCGAGAAGAUGGUGAAGGAAGCGAUGGAUGUGAGGAGGGAUGAAUUCUCGAAGAGGGCUCAUAAUAUGGCGAUGUUGGCGAGGAAGGCGAUCUCUGAAGGGGGAACUUCUUACUUGAAUUUGAACCGAUUGAUUGAGUUUCUAAAGUCGACGGUGUCAUGAGCUUGCUCUAGUCGAUUGAUUGAUGUAGCCAAUGUACAUCAAAUACAACUUGGGUUAACUCAAAUGAUUAGAUCAUGUACUUUGGAUGAUCUUUGUAUUCGUUGUGGAGAUAAAAACCUGUGCCUAAAAAGAUUAAGGAGCGGUUGCAACAUCUCAGAAUA